GUUUUAAGGUUUCCAAGCUCCAACGGCUUUCUCUAGCGGCUAAAAAGGAUCCUCAUAUGGUUUUGCAGCCCAGUGUUCUCAAAUGCCCCUUUUGCAGAGGUUCAGGUGAGCAUAUUUAGGCGUGCAGGUAUCCUUCAUCAUGUUAGAUCUCUCACCCAGUCGCUCAUUACUGGCAGCCGUUUGAAGUCGCUCAUUACUUGCAUUCUUUUGAAGUCACUCAUUUGUCACGUAUUCCUUCAUUUACUUUUUUUAAUAUUUGUUUAGCUAUCCUCAAACUUGUCUCUCAUUCCCAGCAUCCUUCACUAGCACAGCUACAAUGGCGAGAAAACAAUGGUCACCUCUCAAAGUAGCUGCUCUGCAGAUACUCUCCUUUAGCUUUGUGCACCAGGCACUCGCUCAAUCUUGUGCUGCAAACUAUCCCCCCUCGGUCCCCGUCGCAAGUGAUACUGCAACACUUGGGCCGGUACCGGCGCCAAACCUCGAUACUUCUGACCCGGUUCAUAUGAUCCCAGCUUCCAAGGCCUCUCUCUACUAUGGCUCUUUGGACCCUGAGCGCUCUCAUAAAGCCGCCUUGGGCUCUGUUAAUAUGAACCUGGAACUUAACCAUGACACCGUUGUAUUGGAGUACAUCGACGCUAUCGAGAGUGUCAAGUGCACUAAUGCAUCUGUGAUUGUCGCCUUCAAGAACGCGACUGGCUUCGAAACAGCCCUUCAAUCUUGGUCGUUGGAAAAGAACCUUAUCCUGAUCACAAAUCACCUAGGCAACUGUGAUACGGAGUUCGAGAGAGGGUUCUUCAAGGUCGAUAAGAUAGCUCCGAAUCAGUCCAACUUGUCGAUCAGCUGCAAGGCCACUAAGCAGCCUAUUACCAAAAUUGCUGAAACCUGCGAGCUCGCUUUCUCGUCGGUGCCAGCGGGCAAACUCGGCAAGCGCCUCACCCUGAACCCUUCCUACAGCAUCCCGUUCUCCAAGUCCCUGGCCAACAAUACUGUUCUCUUGAGCGAGCCCCCUUACCUCACUGUUACCGCCGACGAAGCUGCCUUCUCCUCCGAAAUCACCUUCUCUGGCUAUCUGUACUUCGACUUUUGGGCCUUCAAGUUGCGAGAGCUCUACUUCGACAUUGAUGCCGGCUUUUCCGCCGAUGUGGCUCUCAGCGCGCACCUCGCUGCUGCAUACGACAAGUCCUUCACCUACAACCCUUCCGACCUCACCUAUACACUUGUAAACAUCCCCGGCAUUGUGCAGCUUGGUCCCGGUGUAGCCUUCGGUCUGGAGAUGGAUCUCAGCGCUUCGGCCGCCGUGGAUGUAGUGGCGGGCCUGUCUAUUGCCAUGCCGAACGGGAACGUGCAUCUCGACCUUCUGAACGCCGCGAAUACUGCGACCACUGGAUGGACGCCAACGUACCAUCCACAUGCCAACAUCUCUGCGCAAGCCAAUGUCCAGGCUAAUGCGAGCGCCACCGUGACGGUUGAGAUGGCGCUGAGUUUCCUCGGCGGGCUCGUCGAUCUCAGCAGUGGAUUGACUGCUAAGCCGGGCAUUGCCAACACGUUUUCGCUCGACGCCCAUUUCGACACCGAGCUACCUAAAAACGCUACGGCAAAGGAAAUCACCAAGGAUCUGCACAAGAGAGGUCCUUCAUGCGAUGAUGGGGUCAGCUUGAAAUCGGACUUUACUUUUAGCCUUGAUGCUUUCGCGACCAGGUCGUGGAGCACCACUCUGGUUAAGACAGGCAUCCCACUAUGGGAUUUCUGCUAUCAAUUUUAAGACCCGGUACGGGCGAUGCGUCUCGCACUAUUUCCAUGUUUAUUUCCAUACUUAUUCCUCUCCAGCAGGGAAUAUGAAAGCACCCCCACGUGAUCCAAUAUGCCCUUGAACUGGCCACCUCUUUGGAGGACUUCUAGAAUCACACCCGUUGUUGGCACGGUAUUAUAGUGCGUGUAAUAAAUGAAGAUGAAGA